CGUGCUUUAAAUUCCCCCAAUUCUCCUCAUCAUUCGAAGAACAACUCUAAAACCCUGGAUCGUUCGUUGAUUGGACAUUUUUCCAGGACAGAUUAGAUUUGACGAUAUCUCGUUAAGACAGGAUUAAAUCAUUCAAGUAAAAUGCGCGCUCCUGCCUGCCAUAAAAGAUAUCAAGUGCACGCGAAACAUUUCAGUUAAAUAACAAACAAGGUUCCGACACCACCUCGGCUUCGACAUCCAAACUGAACGCAAGUCAAAUAUCAGUUUUUCACAGUACCGGACAAAAAUGCUCGCUCGCUAAAAACCCUCAAAAUGGAAGGCCGUUUCACAAAAAGUGAAAACGGUGGAGGUGUUGAUAACAUCGGCUUUCAGUUGCAAGAAAGUGGGGACCUGAACGGACAACGUGUUACAAACGGUAAUCCGGUAUUGAAUACGAGUUUGAAUAAUCAAGGCCCAAGGAGAAAGAAAUCUUUUGUGCAAUUGACUAGAGAGGCUUUGCCAAGACUCGAGAACUAUAGGAAUUCCAGGAAGGCUGUGAAAAGACCGAGUUUGGGAGAGCUAUAUGAGGGUACCGAAUUUGAUAAGGAACUUGGGACAGGUUCCCCAGACGAUCUAGACGAUACUGCCCCCCAUGUGGGUAUAAAAUUGGGAUGGAUACAAGGUGUUUUAAUACCAUGUCUCCUCAACAUUUGGGGUGUCAUGUUAUUCCUUCGACUGGCAUGGGUCGUCGCCGAAGCCGGUAUUG